AUAGCACUUGCACAGUAGUUUUCAUUGUACACUUGUCGUACCGGCGGAUUCGCGGGCGCAAAAGAACUCAACAAAGAUUUUGGGGCAGCCCCCGACGGACGUACCAUCCAGAGCUACGAAAUCUAGAUUCAGUUUGAGAACCACGAGACAAACUAUUUGCUUCGAGCGUGUCUAGAGUUCCAACGUUUUGUUGUGCCGACGCAUUUGUCCUCCCUCUGUACGCUGAAUUGUCGCUCAUUGUCGCAUGCACACGCGGCGCCAACGCGCCGUUGGAUCAUUCCGCGAGCAAAAUCUCCCCUUUGAAUUGCAACAGGAGGAUCGAAUCUUCAUCAGCUAAAAUGAGUUCGUUUUCUGCUGUCAGAGCAUUGGGUGCAGUGGUCAGGCUCCGGCAUGGUGUUCCCUUCAGACGGCCCAUGUCUUUCUCUCUCCAAAGGGGGACUGUUUCAUUUGGCAGAGUUCUGUCGUCUUCGGCAGUUAGAUCGCGGAACGCUUGGUGGGAUUCGUUCUGUGCGGUGAGAUUCCAUGGCGGCAACGCGAGAAAGAUUUGGACUUUCUCUCCUGUUCGCAUGGGCAGGAGGUCUUGCAAAAUCGCAGGCAGGAAGGACGCCCAAAAUGCCAAAAAAGUAAAACUUUAUUCAAAGAUUGGGAAAGAAGUCGUAUCUGCGGUAAAGAAAGGUGGCCCAAAUCUUACGUCAAAUACAGCUUUGGCUGCUAUAAUCGAGAAAGUUAAGGAAUUGGAUGUACCAAAAGAAAUUCUAGAACGCAACAUCAAAAGAGCUUCCGAAAAGGGGCAGGAGUCUUACAUAGAGAAAAUUUAUGAGGUGUAUGGUUUUGGAGGAGUCAGUAUUGUAGUUGAGGUGUCCACUGAUAAAGUAAAUCGGUCCGUUGCAGCUGUUAGAGAGGUAGUGAAGGAUUAUGGUGGGAAAAUGGCAGACCCAGGAUCUGUCAUGUUUAAGUUCAGGCGUGCCCGUGUUGUGAAUAUAAGAGUUACUGAUGCUGAUAAAGACCAGCUCCUUGACAUUGCUCUAGAUGCAGGUGCAGAGGAUGUUAUUGAACCUUCAAUAUCCGAAGAUGAUGUGGAUGAAGACAAAUUGGAGAGCUAUUAUAAAAUUGUAAGUUCUCCUGAGAACUAUUCUGCAAUACUUUCAAAGCUACGAGAGGAAGGAAUAGCUUUUGAGCCUGAUAAUGGGUCUGAGCUACUUCCCAUCACUACCAUUGAGGUGGAUGAUGAGGCAAUGGACUUGAACAAGGAACUAAUGUCAAGCCUGCUCGAUCUUGAUGAUGUUGAUGCAGUCUAUACAGACCAGAAAUGAUUGAGUCCCCUCAUCACCAUUUAAACGACUAGAUGCAUACUGCUAGUGGAUGAUACUUAUACAUGCUGCGCCACGGAUCAAACUUGUUCUGACUCUCUGUGUUCAUUCGUUGGUUUACAAAGUUCAUGUUCUCUCCAUUUUCCUUAAGGAGAGGAGAAUGAGGGGUUUGCCAGUUCUAUUUGAUGGAUGUGUUAUGCCAAAUUAUUACCGAUGGAAGAGGAGCCUUCUGAUAUGACCUGCUGGUUUUCGGGUAAUAAGUUCUAGAUAAUAUUUUUUUUUUGGUCGAUUUUCUAGAUACUUGAAACGCAAUGGCCCUGGUAAUCAUUUUCUGAUCAGUGGGCAUUGACAGUCUCAGUGGCGAUUGUCCUUUUGUUUCUGGUCUGUUUUUAGAGGGAGGUUGUCCCGUGGCGCUUCAGGGUUCUCGAUGAUGAGAAAAGUCAUGAGACGACUCUUUGGAGAGGACCUUUGUAUCGGUAAAACCCUCGCCAUAGAUGGUAUUUCAGCUGCCAGAGUGAGGUACCAAUUAAAUUUAACAUUUGUGGUAUGAUAAAGGUAAAUUCAUUUUGUUCAAGUUCGGUAGUGCGCUAUAUAUUGCCCUCAUUCAUAAUAAACUAGUGCUUCAUUGAA